GAAGAGGGCGGUGCUAAAACGGGUGGGUAGCAACAGUUGCCCCGGUGAGGACGAGGCGCCAUAGUCACGGUAGUCGUGGCGACAAGAACCCAGCAACGAGAAUCAACAACAACAAUUUGAAGCAUUAAGAAAAUAAAACUCCGCGACAAACUAACAGCAAUCAACGAGGCGCGAAAGAGGGAUUUAAGCUUUUGUUGUCAUCAUGGCAACUUCCGGCUAUGCCGCCGAGGAGCUUCAGCGCUCCCAAACACAAGGUGGCAGUGUGACAACCUCAUCAGCACAGCAAAAAGCCAUUUCUACCGCCACACCUCAGUACCCCACCGACAUACAGAGCUCGCCGGCAUCCACGCCUUCACAAUCGGGCUCCAUCGCGAGAGGACAGACCACACCCACAAGUCAAAAGAAAAUUGUUUUGGCCACGCCUCCUUCGGGAGCCGCAUCAGUGCAGUAUGUCACAGGAGAGCUACAAAGCCCCGCCUCCCAGUCAGGGAACGGCCAGAGCACACCUCAGUAUAUAGUGGUGACCGUAACAGAGGGCUCAAAUGACUCUGUGUCAGACUCAAAUUCUCCUCCAUCUGGACAGACAGGUGUGCCCACACAGGUAGUUCAGCAGGUGCAGACAGUACAGAGGUCAGUGGUGCAAGCUGCAAGCAAGGCUCAGAGCGGACAGCUGGGAGUCAGUAAUCUACACAUCACACCUGAGCAUGUGUACUCCAACCAGUUCGGGGAAGGAGAUGCCAGCUACAAUAGUACUCCAAUUCGUUCCAGUAGUUACUCGUACACAGACUCCACCCUCUACACUCAGACCACGCCCUCCGUCACUUAUUAUGAGACUCCGCCCACGUCCGGGUCGCAGGUCACAUCGCCUUCCACUGCACACGUUGUCUCGGUCACAUCGGGGACAGGCACAGGGGUGGCAUCAAUGUUCUCAGAAGGAAGUUCAGGGAUAACGGUGGCCGCCGGCGGGUCCUCAUCAGGUAUGGGCGUGGUCACCCCUGGAGGGGUGGGGAGUUACGUGAUUCAGGGCGGGUACAUGCUCGGAGGAGGGAACCAGGGUUUCGGACACAACACACGAGCAUCGCCUGCCACUGUGCAGUGGCUGAUGGACAACUAUGAGAAUGCUGAAGGUGUGAGUCUUCCUCGCUGUACUCUCUACUGUCAUUACCUCUUGCACUGCCAGCAGACCAAGCUGGAACCGGUGAACGCCGCAUCCUUCGGCAAACUCAUCCGCUCUGUGUUCAUGGGACUCAGGACCAGAAGACUCGGCACCAGAGGGAACUCAAAGUACCACUAUUAUGGGCUUCGCAUCAAGAGCAGCUCCCCACUGCUCAGAUUGAUGGAGGACCAGCAACAUCUGGCUAUGAGACAACAACCCUACUCGCAGAAACAGAGGAUAAAGCCCAUACAGAAGAUGGAGGGACUGACCAAUGGAAUGGGUCUGGGGGUGGGUCAGCAGCAGGGGGUGGGGCUAGCAGACAUCAGCACACAGGUGCACCAGUAUCAGCAGUUUCUGGAUGCCUCUCGCGCACUGCCGGAGUUCAGGGAUCUGAAGUAUGAGGAUGAAUGCCUGCCAGACGGACUCCUUCCUCAACACAUAAACACUUAUCAGCGGAUCUACAGGGAACACUGCGAGGCAAUUCAGGACGUGUUGGUAAACCUGCAUUUUCCUCUUGUGGAGACAUUGUGGAAAACUUUCUGGAGGUUCAGCGACGGACAAACCAGCAGCAACGACUCGGUCGACCUACACGAUGAAUCAGAGAAGCGUUUACCCAUGUCAGUCCUGGUGCUGCUGUGCAAAUAUGAGCCUAUCCUUGCCUGGACCCGUGAUUGUGACAACAUACUGUACCAAAGCCUAGUGGAGAUUCUCAUCCCUGAUGUGCUCAGACCCAUUCCCAGUGCCUUAACUCAAGCCAUCCGUAACUUUGCUAAGACUCUGGAAAACUGGCUCACCAACGGCUUGAUCAACAUCCCAGAAGAGAUGGUUCGCACCAAGGUGGUGUGCGCCGGAGCAUUCGCUCAAACGCUGCGACGCUACACGUCUCUCAAUCAUCUGGCUCAAGCCGCUCGUGCCGUCCUGCAGAACACCGCUCAGAUCACGCAGAUGCUCAGCGACCUCAACCGCGUCGACUUCACCAACGUCCAGGAGCAGGCAGCAUGGGUGUGUGGCUGUGACGAUGGCAUGGUCCAGCGGUUGGAGCAAGACUUUAAAAUGACCCUGCAGCAGCAGAACUCUCUGGAGCAGUGGGCCACGUGGCUGGACGGGGUCGUCUCGCAGGUCCUGAAGCCUUUCAGCGGCAGUCCCGGCUUCCCUAAGGCAGCUAAACACUUUUUGCUCAAAUGGAGCUUCUACAGUUCCAUGGUGAUCAGAGAUCUGACUCUGCGCAGUGCUGCCAGUUUCGGCUCGUUUCAUCUGAUCAGACUGCUGUAUGAUGAGUACAUGUAUUACCUGAUCGAGCACAGAGUCGCUCAGGCCAAAGGAGAGACGCCCAUCGCUGUCAUGGGAGAGUUUGCCUGUUUGAACAGAAGUCAGAGGUCAUCAGAUCCUGAUAAAGAUGAGGAUGAUGAGGAAGAGGACGAUGAGACCGAUGAAGAUCAGGAAUUAUCUAUUCCUGCUCACUCUGUUGAGAUGGGAGAGGAACCUCUAGAGCCGCCUGCGAAGCUCGCCAGAACAGACCUGUUCAAUAGCAACACACAAAAUUAACACAUAUACACACACAAGUUUAUUUGUGCUCAUCGUUCCUCAAAGUAU